AUGGGGAGCUGCUGCAGUUGUCUGUGCAGAGACAGCAUCCCAGACAACCAUCCCACCAAAUUUAAGGUAACGAACGUGGACGAUGAAGGUAACGAGCUGGGAUCCGGGAUUAUGGAGCUGACACAGACGGAGCUCAUCUUGCACACUCACAAGCGAGAUGCUGUCAGGUGGCCCUACCUCUGCUUGCGCCGCUACGGCUAUGACUCCAACCUCUUCUCCUUUGAGAGCGGUCGUCGCUGCCAGACCGGGCAGGGGAUUUUUGCCUUCAAGUGUUCCAGAGCAGAGGAGAUCUUUAAUCUGCUUCAGGACCUGAUGCAGUGUAACAGUAUCAACGUAGUGGAAGAGCCUGUUGUCAUCACCAGGAACAGUCACCCCACGGAGCGGGAGCUCUCCCGGACCCCCCAGGCACCCAGCAGUCUGGGGUACACUGUCCCAGGAUUUCCCAAUGGAUUUCACAGCUUCCCUGGAGAAACCCUAUCAUACUCCGCAGCCCGCCACCCCUCCGUGAGCAGCCUGAGGCAUUCCUCUGUGGGUGAAGACUCUACUCAUGCCCUUAUCGGGCCUGAUGAGCAGUCCCACACCUACGUCAACACGGCCAAUGGCGAUCAGGAGCUGAGGGGCCGACAUUGUAUGCACUCCUUGCCUGAAGUCCACCCUCCUUUCCCCCAUAGGAACCACAGCUGCUCCCUCGAAGACCGCAAUCCCCAGGUCUUUCUGCAGCCAGGGGAGGUUAAGUUCGUGUUAGGUCCCACAUCCAACUACAGGCGCGUCUGUCGGCAUCACCGGGAGUGCAGGACGCACUUCUGCCCCCCCAACAACAACAACGAGUGCGAGGAGGAGUGCCCUUCGCCCCAGUGCACCUGCCGGUCCGGCCCGCCGGUGUGGGAGUGCCAGCCGCUCCGGCAGGGCAAGGAGGACGCGGGCACCGGGGACGUGCUGACGCCUUCCCCCAGUGGCUACUCCGAGGCUGGUGAAGAAGAUCCCUUGCAGAACUACAUGAACUCGGAGAGCACUGCGCUGCACGGGGGCAGUGGCCAGCGGCGCGGUGGCUCCCUGCCGAAGCCUCGUCGCGGCUGCGUGCCCAGCAUCUUCAGCUUCGACUUCCCCCGGCCCUGUCCGGAGCAGCCGCGGCAACUCAACUACAUCCAGGUGGAGCUGGAGGCUGAGCCGCGCAAGGGACAUCAGAACCCACCGGUCCCCCGUGUCCCACCUCCUGCCAGCCACGAAGCCCGCCGGACGGACUCCUACGCGGUCAUUGACCUAAAAAAGACAGCGGCCAUGUCCAGUUUGCAAAGGGCCCUGCCGAGAGAUGAUGGGACUUCGCGCAAAACUCGACAUAACAGCACUGACCUGCCUCUGUAA